AUGUCACUGAGCCUCCUGCCGACGACGGGACCCGGCGCGGUCGUAUCCGCGACCCGAUGCGGCGCGCGGACGCGUGCGGUCGGGUUUCCGCGCGCUCGAUGGGGCCUCAUCCGUCCCGACCAACAACUCGCACGUCGUCGGCCGACGACGGCGGAGUUCCGCGGGCGACCCUCGUUCGCGGUGAGCGUCGGCAGCGCGGUCCCCGAGCCGGGCCCCGAGGACGUUUCCAUCGCCGACAUCGUCCCCGACAUCACCUCGAUAGACGAGUCCCUGCCCCCGAGCCGCUCGUGCAUCGAGUCCGAGGCGUUUCUCGCGCACGACGGCGACGGCAUCGCGCACGGCGACGAGGGCGAGGAAUGGGAGGCGGCGUUGCUCAUCACCGGCACGGCCGUCGGCGGCGGGUCGCUCGCGCUUCCCUAUUUCUGCGCGGCGGGCGGCUUCGUCCCCGCGGUGGGCCUCCUCGCCAUCUCCUGGGCGGCGCUCCUGGGCUCGGCGUUGACCCUCGUCGAGCCCACCAUUCGGGUAUGGGAAGAUAACCCGUCGGUGGCGGUGUCCAUCCACACCGUGGUGGAGACCUACCUCGGCAAGCUCGCGGGCGUCGCCGCGGGCGUCACGUUCUGGAUCCUCAUCAACUGCACGCUGGUCUCCCAGCUCGCCAAGUGCGGCCAGCUCGCGGCGCUCGCCACGGGCGUCGCGGCGAACGGCGGCGCGUGUGUAUGGGCCACGAGACUGGGAACUCUGUUAACGGCGCUCGUAAUCGCGGGCGCGGCGUUUCGGAGAGACGUCGGCCGGAUAAACGCGCUCGCGACGACCGGCCUGUUCUGUUCCUUCGCGGCGGCGUGCCUGGCUGGUGCCGCGGGCAUCUCCACGAACGCGCUGGCCAAGGCGAACCUCCUGCUCGCCGUGCCGGCGCUGCCCGCAAUCAUGCAGACCAUGACGUACGCCGAGGCUAUCCCCACCGUCGUCGACAUGUGCCGCGGGUCCCGCAAGAAGAUCCGGCGCGUGCUCGCCGUCGGAAGCCUCGGCCCCGCGCUGAUGUACGUGCUGUGGCUCGCGGUGACGCUCGGGAGACGGGAUCUCGCGGCGUUCGGCGCCUCCGGCGGCGACUUGGCCGCGAAGAUCCUCGCCGACGGCGGCAUGCUCGGCGCCGCGACGGCUUCCAUCGCGGUGUGCGCCUCGGUUAGCACUUUAAUCGGGUGCUACCUCGCCCUCUCGCGGUUCAACGCGGACACGUUCCACCUGCCGCUGAACAAGGGGUGCACGAAGCUGCUGGCGCUGACCGUGCUGCCGAGUUUAGUCCUGGCGAUGAAGGGUCCGGAGCUGUAUUACCUCGCGAUCAAAUUCGCGGGUACGGUGCCGGUGGCUUUCAUGUGGGGGGUGCUGCCGCCGCUGGUGAUGUGGAAGCAGUACGACGGGGACCAGAAACUCGGUGUCGGGCUGAAGGCGAUCCUGGCGGCGGGCGUGGGCGUGAGCCUCGCGGCGAUGGGCUACGGGAUCUUGGGGUUUGAAGUGUGA